UCCUGGCAGCAGAGAGUCCACAGCUCUGGGAUUGGAGCGGACUGGCUCUGCCCCUGGUUCCUCAUGAUAAGGGAGGCAGGGCAGUGCUCCUGCUCUGUCUGCUACAUUGCUGCAAACAGCUACACACAACAUCAAGCCACUGACUGAGAGAGAGAAAGACUAAGCAACAGCCCUACAGCCUAGGAGACCGCAGAUCCCCCCAAAACCCCAAACAGAGGACACAGAGACGGCAGAGACAAACAAAGGCAUUCUUGGCUUUCAGUUUGAGAGAAAAAGAAAAGACUGAAUAAUACACUGGGCAAGAUCAUUUUCUUGAGAAAAAAACUGAAGGGGAAAGGCGUGACAGGACGGCGUCAGGCAGCUUCAUCAUCCUUCUCCAAUCUCUGAGGGGCGAACUGUUGCACGGUGCUGCAUGAAGGACAAAUCCAUCCCAGAGAAGAAGCCAGCAGAAACAGGAUGAGAACCAACAUGAGCAUUACGUGUCUGCUGCUUUCACUCAGCUUCCUGUUCCACAGCGUGUGUUCGGAGGAAAACACUCUGAGUUCCAGUUCAGCGACAAAGAACGAUGCUACUGUCACACCCGGGCUGUUAGCCGGGCCAUCUGAUGCAUCCAAGACUGAUCCAGUUCUUGACAAUACAGGUGUUACAGCUACAUCUGGAGCACAACCAAAUGAUGUUGUAAACAUACCUACGCAGGCACCAGCACCCACAAGGUCAACUACUGAGGUCACCUCGCCUCCUCUCACAGUGGCGGCUACAUCCAAGCGUCCUGACAAGCCAACCCCCACCCAACCACAGCAGCCCAGUACCACCAAAAAACCAUCAGCACCUCUCACUUAUGUCCCUCCUAUUUUUGCCUCUCCUGCUGCUGCUACCCAAAGCCAAACAAAGAUCCUGACCCCAGCGACAACACCAGAUAGCAGCAGCAGCUCAGCAGCGCACCCCGGUCCUGCCACACUUCAGACCCCUGCAGCCUCUGUUACCAGCAAAGCCUCUGGGACUGAAGCGUCUGUCAGUACGCCAGGAAAUCCUGACAAUAUGGCAACAACCAAGAUCGUGACAGAUGCCCCUACGCCUGGGCAAAAGUCCACGACUCACAGCACAAUCAUCGCCACGACGAGCGUGGACAGCAGAGGAGGUACAUCGCAAACAACAGUGACCGUUACAAGUCACCAGCACACAACAUCAAAGGCCCCAGAGCCAACUGGGAACAGAGGGACCAUCACCCCCCCUUCCACCCUGACCAUGGCAGGACCCACAGGAGAGACCUUUAGUACCAAAACUGGACGAGGCCCCAUGUCCUCGCAACCCACCACUACAACCACAACCACCACCACCACAACCACCGCAGCUCAGCCAAAGACGUUUCUGUAUUCUCUGAACACGGGACAUGAGAAAGAGGAGGAGAAAGAUCUGGUGGAGGUGUGCAGGCGGCUGAUGGUGAAUUUGCAAGAUGGAAACUGCACCCUCACAUGGAAGCACCACAAUGGCAAAAUACAGUUUGACUGUGUGGAGAUAAAUGGCAAAGUGAUAACCAGCCUGGCAACCCAGUACUAUGAAGAAAUCACCAAAAAACCAACAGAUAACAAAACGCUGAUAGUCAUCCUGGCCUCCUGCGGAGCUCUGCUCAUCAUGAUCGUCAUCCUGGCUGUGUGCGCCUCCCACCACCGCAGACCGUACAAUGAGAAUCAGCAGCACUUGACGGAGGAGCUGCACACAGUGGAGAACGGUUACCAUGACAACCCGACACUGGAGGUGAUGGAGGUGCAGCCGGAGAUGCAGGAGAAGAAGAUGGCGCUCAAUGGAGAGUUCAACGACAGCUGGAUCGUCCCCAUAGACAACCUGCUGAAGGAGGACAUACCUGACGAGGAGGACACUCACCUGUAGACACGACCAGAGACAGAGAAGAAGAAGAGGAGGUUCUCAACGACAGGAUCUGGAUACUUCCAGCUACACCAAAACAAACAAAAUAAUCCACACUUCCUGCUUCAUGACAGCCCUCACCUGCAAAUCCUGAUCCUGGAUUUUUUUGUCCAUCAAGACUUUUCUCACUUAGAUCCUGUAGAACAACCCCCACAGCCCCCACAAAAGCUGUCUGUCUGUCUUUCUGAGAUGUUUCUACUUUAGUUUGGUAUGAAAAAGAAAUGUCAAUUAAAAAAAAACAAUCACUUAGAGGAUGAAGCACCAGUGAAACAGAACACAGUGGCCUUGGGAGCUCCAACAUGUUGACUAAAUCAAUCACUUAUGUGCCUUAGAUGUUAUUUUGAUAUUUUCAAAAAGUGACUUCCUGCAAAGCACAAUACAGAUUUAGUUAUUGUGAAAAAUGCCUUUUCAUGAUGUUCACAAGCACCUGCAGAGAGAGCGUUCUGAUAUGAUUUUGUGCCAGCGAAGGAGGGUCAGGUAACUAUCAGAAAGGCAGCAGACUCUGCAGGUGUGAUCUUAGAUAGAGAUGACCUCAGGAUACUUUUAAGCAUCCUGGUGAUUUUCCACUAGUGUGUGUCAGCUGUGCAAGAGCAUGGCUGCACUGUUCAGAAGAAACCAGUGUCCACAAAGACACUGGCUGUGUAGAAUAACUCAACCGAAAGCUUUUAAUCCAAAAUGCCACACUGACUGGAGGCUGUGCAGAGUGCUAGAGGGGACAUAUUACACGUAUGUGUUGUGUUCUGUUGUGUUUUCUUUGCAUCUCUUGAUAUGUGACCAACUCACAGUUUUCAUCUGAUCAAGAGAAAGGGCUCCAGCCUGCUUCAGCUGUUUUUUUCAUCUCUGUCCCCUCUGGCUUUCCUCACAUGGCAGCCCGCUCUCAUUCUGAACUUAUUACAUACUACCGCUUUGACAGUGCUUUUGGUGUACAGCCCCAACGCCAAAGGGCAAGUUUCACAUGCCCACGUGCUUGUGCUGACAUCAUGGUAGCAGCAUCCCAGAAUGUAAACAGCAGACACAGAGGGAUACCUUAAAUGUCAUAUGUAGACGUGGAAGUUCAUUUUAAAGCGGCAACAUGUGACAAGUUGGGAUGACAACGUGUUGAACACAGAUAAUAUCACUCAGUGUUCUUAAAGUGAAAAUCAGCUGAUGAUGUUUUAAGAGAGCUUUACCUUCUUAUACCCAAAACUAAAGUCACAUUAUGACUUAACUGGGUGAAACAUAUCAUUCCAGUUUAUUAUAUCUGACAUCUUAUUUUUGUUUUUUCAGAUUCAGAUUCAGAUUCAUAAGCAAUAAAAAAAGCCUUGAUCACUUUGGGGUUUUGCUGCAAUAGUCUUACAUAGAUCUGACCGUGGUCUGGUCUGGUGGUCUUUCAUGGUUGAAUAUGAAUGUGAGCAUGAAUAAACGAGGAAAUGCCUCUCCGGGAGACACAAUCUGUAUGCUGUAUCCUGCCUGUGGUCACAUUCAGCUUGCUCUCUGUCAGGUUGCCUGGGCAAAAAUGUCUGAAAGCUAUCAACUUGAGGAUGCUAGGAAAUAAAGGGAAAUAUAUUGUCCUUUAUUAUGUACUUACCACAUCACACCACAGAGGGCGCUGUUCGAGAAAAUGUUACAUAGCGGAGAGCAGGGUCUGUUGGGACAGGGACUUUCUGGCAAGUUAGAAAGCUGUACCCAUGUCGUUCCCUGUCAGCAUCACUGUGGAGACCUUCACCUGUUCCUCACCUUUUUUUCACUGUUCUGACAUCUGCAAGGUCAAAGUAAAUCUUUUGAUCUAUUGUUAUUUUUCUUCUACCAUAACAUACAUUAAGGCCUGCAGUUCAGCCCCGGGUCAUAUUUUAACUGUGUAAGCUUCAGGUGUUUCAUUUCUUAAAGUCAGGUUAUUGUAAUUUACUAUUUUUUUCCAAAAUGAAACAAACCAAAGAGCUUACAUUAACUUAUCAUCCACAUGCAGUCUGUGGUGAUCACACUGGGCUGACAGCAGCCACUGAAAUGAAGACUGGACACAGACAUAUUUCCCAUCUCAGUCAUUUAUGAAAAUAUAAUAUUUUUAAAAAUGCCUUUUUAAAAGAGAUGCGUAGACAAAUGACACCGUGGAUAUGAGGCGUUCAAAUUUUAGACCUUUUAUUUUUCAAUUUUAACGAUUUUUUAAAUCAUUUUUUCCCCCAAACAAAACGUCCCAACGGAUUCUUCAGUUUCAGCCUUCCUGGGAUGUAGAGACCCACUGUCUGUUAUACACUCAAUCAUAAUGUUUAUUUACAGCAACAUGCGGGUAGAAAACCGUCACGUACAUAUAAUCAAACGGCGCUGAUCUAACUCUGCCUUCAUUGAUUAGUUUUAAGCCACCAAAAAAAUAUAUAUAUAUAUCAGUUUGAGUGUACGCUCUAUUUAGAGUAGCACUUUACCUUGCUGUCAGACUGUCGGAGAUUUGGAGCCGUUCUCACAUAAACAACAGGCUCAGUCAUUUCACUCCACUGAACGGCGGAGCUGCUGCUCUGCCACUGCCUCUAUCAACAGUUGUGGAAGGCAACGAGGAGACAAUAUUCAAAUAUUCUGAACACUUAAACUGGUAUUUAUUUAUUUCAGGUGGCUAUAAUAUGUUUUGCUGCGGCCCUGUCCACAACAAGAAAUCGCUUAGCUUUCAAGCAGGUUGAUUUAGUUUAUCGAUGUUUGUAAAGCAACACAGUUCAGUACUAACGGGUACUGACGGUACUGAACUGUACCCGUUCAGGGAUCCAACUAUUUCUAUUGCUGUUACAGUAGUCUGUGAGUAAUGGACGGUUAUUUUAUGUCACUACCAAAGUGUCUCCACCGACCCUGCUCUCCCUUAUUCCAUCUGUCUCGAAGUCAAAGAAAAAGAUCUCCAGUUGGAGACUGAGUAAAAAGGCCUCCAGUAUUUAACCUGUGGCCAUUUACCACAGACAGUUUGGUGAUGAUGUUUCUGUGCGCAUUUGUUUUUCUCUUCCAGAUAAAUUGAAAUAUCAGGUCAGCUAAUGCUUAAUGCCCUGCUGGACAAUGUAACUAUUUUUACAUCGCAGAGAUAGUAGAACGACCAGGUUAUAAUUAUGCAGAAUUAACCUUAAACUACAUCAAAAUUACAGUAUUUUCUGAGGCCAAUAACAAUACCAAUAAACGUUUCUCUCAGUCUGUCUCAGUCGAGCUGCACGGCAGGCUGAGAUUUUUUAGGAGCAUAGAAGAAAAAUAGAGUUUGUUGACGAUUUUGUUUUUAAAACCAUGUAUAAGGCAAACACUGUAAAUAGUUGUUAUUUUGUCACCAUUGCUGCUGUGGAGGGGUGGAGUUAUGAGAUUUUAGGACAUCUUGAGCAAUAUUAAACCUCUGACAGCAAAGCCUGGGCACCUUUUUGUAUGAAUUUUUUUUUGUUUGUUUUGGAUUCUGUUCAAUUUAACAAUUUUCUUCCUUUUAAACCCCUCAAGAAGUUAAUAUAUAUGUACUUAUAUACAAGUAAAUUGUCACCUUGGGCACUCCAAUCCACCUUCCGUUUGCUUUGUAUUAUUUGUGUGUGUGUCUACAGUUUCACUCACCUUAUUAUAGCUGUGAUAUUUUCACCAAAGUAUGUUAGCAGUAUUUGAUGUAUUUAUGGUUUGUUUGCUGCUGAAGGCAAACAGCAGGGGUCUGAUACACUGGAAGCUGUAAAUUCGUUGUUCUACCUGUUGAGAUUUGCAAAUAAAGGCAGUGUUUUUCCA